GCCGCUGCCACUGCCGGGCGCCGCCGCUGUCCCCGCUCGGCGCCGGCCGCGCUGCGCUGCGCCAUGAAGGCGAUCGUGCAGCGGGUGGCCCAGGCCAGCGUCACAGUGGGUGGUGAGCAAAUCAGUUCAAUAGGACGAGGCCUCUGUGUGCUGCUGGGCAUUUCUUUGGAAGAUACACAAAGAGAGCUGGAGCACAUGGUUCGGAAGAUCUUGAACUUGCGAGUCUUCGAAGAUGAAAGUGGGAAGCACUGGUCCAAAAGUGUGAUGGAUAAACAGUAUGAGGUGUUGUGUGUCAGCCAGUUCACUCUCCAGUGCAUCCUGAAGGGAAACAAGCCUGACUAUCACAUGGCAAUGCCCACAGAGCAGGCUGAGUCUUUUUAUAACAACUUCCUAGAGCAGCUAAGAAAAGCCUACAAACCAGAGCUUAUUAAAGAUGGCAAGUUUGGUGCCUACAUGCAGGUCCACAUCCAGAAUGAUGGUCCUGUAACAAUAGAACUGGAGUCCCCAGCAGCCACUGUUGAUCCUAAACAAUUGACAAAACUUGAAAAACAGCAACAAAGGAAAGAGAAGACCAGAACCAAGGUGCCCUCUGAGUCCAGUAGAGAAAGAAAUGUCCCCAGAAACAAGGAUGACCCCAGUGCCAGCAGUGGAGCAGAAGGAGAUGUGUCCUCGGAAAGGGAGCCUUAGCUCAUCCAAGGCAGGCCUCAGUUUCUUACACAAAAGCUACACUGAAUUCUUGAAGAAAGACCCAACACUGGCCUCAGCAACACUCUUGAACCACUUUGGAGAAGGAUGGAAGAUGGGAAAGCAGAGCUGAGCCAUUAGAAAACCUUUCAUUCUGUAUUGAACCAACCAAAGCAAUGCUAUCAGAUCCAGUUGUUAAUGUGUAGUGUCAGUAGUGAAAAGGACUUGUGACAUUUCUGUGUUUGCGUUCUCACACGACUGCUGAGCAAAGGGUGGCUGUGGGCAGGUUGUAGCAGAGCAUUUCACUCUCAGUACAUAAGCUCCAUUUAAAGAAUAAAUCAGGGUUUUUCCUUAAACUUACACUUGAAUUCUGAAAAUUCUCUGAGCAGGCUUGUGUAUUGAUUCUCACUCCGUGGUGUCAUGUGCUACCUGUUUCCAUUGCAGUGUGUGCAGAUCUGUGCAUAUUUUGGUAAAUUGUUAGCUACUGCCUGACAUCAGGUUAGGCAGUCCAGUCUUUCUGCAUGGAUUAAGUUAUUACAAGAGAAGAUCGGCCUCUAGUUGUUUAUCAUGUGGAACACAUCUGUCUUGUAAACUUUUUUAAAACCAGAAAAAAACUUUAUUAAACAAAUUAUGCCAGCUGAGUGCCUGUUGGUGUUUGUGUAUUGCACUCCCUGAGUGGGUGUAACAAAGUGGGGGACACAGAGAUAAACUUGUAGGCCAAGAAACACAUACUGCUUCAACUUCCCCACUCUUCUGUUGUAAAUCAGGCUGCUGAUCUGAAAUCUAUGCUGUUUUUAACACAUCUAAGUAAUUUAUUUUGUGGUGGCUACCAGAAUGUCACACAGCUGCUCCACCUACUGCACCCAGGGCUGCUGACAGACACUUCUGUCACAUCCUGGGGAGCAUUUGGAAGCUGCCAGCAAACAGCAAGAGCUGAGAAGAAGCUGCAGAAUUACCAAGGAAGCUUCAGGGGAAAUGAAAGACUGCAGGUUGUUACACUUUGACUUCUUUCAGAGGUGAUGGCACCUUUUGUAUUUGCUGUUCCCCAGGUCUGCCUUGCCCUUCCAGUCUGCCCUGGGCACCUGCUGUGACUGCCAUCAUAGCCAGGAUGCAGAGCUCUCUCCCUGAUGGUAGGGAUAACUCACUGCUGAGAGCUUUUGAUCUAAAUGCACAUCACAGUUACAAUGCUGCACGUCAUGUAACCACUGUGGUUUUUAUUGUUUAACUUGUAGGCUGCUUGUAUUGUAAAAUACCAGUCAACCCAGGCAGGAGAUUUAGAGCUGCGCCCUGACAUGGUUUUUUAAAAGCCAUGAAGCUCAAGUAAAGAUUUGGCCAGCUACACAGCUGGCAUUUGAACAGGAAUGGUGUGUGGGCAGGAUAGGUGGAAGUGUUACACUUAGCCUUGCCUUUAAGAAUGACAUAAUUUCCCAUCUGACCAUUAUCAAAUCCAGGGUGCCCCUGACCAGGGAAUGAUUGGCAUCUGACUCCAUUGAGUCAGAAUGCUGAAUAAUUGCUUUAUUAAGACUGUAUUACAUUACAUUGUACUAUAUUAAAGAGAUACUAUACUUGUGGUA